AUGGGCAUCAAAGGUCUUCAUGGUGAGCCAGGUGAACCCGGUCAACAAGGCUACAAAGGCGAACCUGGAAAAGCAGGCGAACCAGGAAAUGUGGGCUCUCAAGGUCCUCCAGGACCGCCUGGUAACAUGGGAAUGUGGGGUGAACGAGGAGCACCA